CGGUAGUGGCGCGUGGCCUGUCAUAAGUGUAACCAUCACGUACCCUUUGAGGCUCCUAAAUACUCUUCCGAACGCAUGUGACCAGUUGUUGUGUCGCGUGUAACCUAGAUUGACGCAGCGACGGAGGGGCAGCCUGAGGGACCGAACACCGAUUCCUGGAUAAUGUCUGAGGGCGGCAGUCGGGGCGACGUGGCAAUGAGGGUGAUCGCGAAAGUCCACAGGGCGGGGGUCACGCCGGAGGAGAUGGCGGCCGGCUACGACGAGUGGUCCGAGAACUACGAGGAGAUGAUGAUCUGGAAAGGCGGGUACCGUGGCCCCGCCAUCACGCUGGAAGAGGCGCUGCGUUGGGUACCCCCGGAGCGGCGAGCUAAGGCCAGGGUGCUGGACGUGGCCGCUGGGACGGGCUGCGUGGGCCGCGAACUCCACCGGGAAGGCUUCAGGCACAUAGACGCUGUGGACCCGUCGGAGGGCAUGAUGAAGCAGCGGGAGACUGGCAUCUAUACCAACGACUUCCUGGAGUUUAUCGGCAGCGGACACUCCACCGUGCCCAAAGACACAUACGACCUGGUGGUCACUUCGGGCGGUAUGGGCGAAGGUCACAUCUCACACAGUGGCCUCGACGACCUGGUGCGCGUCGCAAAGAACGGAGGCUUCGUGAUCAUCGUGAUGCGCCAUGAGUUCCUACAGACCGUGCCUUCCUACAAGGACAAGCUGGAGCCUUACAUGGACCAGCUGGAGGCAGACGGGAAGUGGAAGAAGGUGGAGCGGCGCAUCGUCCCAAACUAUUUCUGUGACAAGGAGGGUCUCGUCUUCGUCUUCCGCAUCACUAAGCCUGAGUGAGGAGGAAGAGGAGGGAAAGGAGAG